AUGCGGCGCGCCUCAGCAGACCUGACCGACGCGGCUCGGAAUAUCGAAGAGUCAGUUGGCACACCAUCUUCGGCCGCGAUAGACCCUGGAAUGGACAUGUCAAUUGCGCUGGAUGAGGAGGAAACCAGUACCGAUUUCACGCCGCCGCCACACAUUGCUGCCCGUUUCUACCGCCCGACACAGACUCGUCGCAAAGAAUCUGCUGCCUCCUCUCGCCGCAAUUCUAUAUCAUCAGUCCAGUCGCGCUCAUCGCACGGUUUCGGCAGCCGUAGCGACGAUCAUCAGAGCAAAUACAUCGCUCAACAAUUACGUCGUGCUUCCAUUCUUGAGGAUCGGAAGGCACGUCUUGCCGACCGCGCAGCGCACGCUGAGAAGGUCCGUCUGAGAGCACAGAUGGCAAAAACUGCGCAUCAGAGGAACUCAAAUUCGGAAGAGCGAGCUCUGGCGGCAGCACAGGCCAGGGAAAGCAAGCUUGCAGAAAUCGUAGCUGCUUGCGCUGAAGAAGUCAAGAGGGCAAAAGCUGUGGCCGAGAGCACAAGGGAGAAGAAGGAGCAGGCACAGCUUAAGCUGAGGCAGCAGAUCGCGGAGCGUGACGCCGAAGUCGAGAGGAGGAGGGAAGAGUCGCUACGCAGUAGACAUGUCGCCAAGCGGUCUCGCGGGCAAAGUGUGACGAGUAUGACAACGAAGAAGCCAAGUGUCGAGUCAAUCCCAGAAACCAGGGAACAGGAGGCUGUUGUGUUAUCGGAUAACGCUGCAGCCGCUAGAAUCAAAUGGUGGUUGCAGACUGCCUUGAGAAGGAAAGCUGUACAAGAAUUCUCGAAUCUUGGCCUGUCGGUCGAUAGCGUGCGGGACACAUCGUUCGAGAAAGUUGUCCAACUGCUCGCUGAAGAGAGAGUUUUGAUUACCGCAGCUCGCCUUCUGAGGACAUGUGGUCUCCAGGAGGGUGCGCCAGGGUCCAUAGAGGAAAUGGCUGCUGUGCGUACGUUUUUGAGCGCAUUCGUGAUCCUAGGGCACCCCACCCAGGUCCUUAGUAACAAGGACGACAAAGGAGAACAGGAGCAGGUUGGAUCUGUCCCUGGGCAACCCAUCCCUAGGGAUGAUCUUGCUAAUCCACAAUUACAGGAUCUAGUGGCCAAGGCCCGCGAUCUCUUGAUCGCGUUUGAGAAUAUACUGUCUCGCCUGACAUGGUUGAACAACUGGACGACGCCUCCAGCGCUUCGGGACGCGCUACCGGAAGCAUACGCGACCUUUCAUAACUCGUUCAUUGCAUGGAAAGCACGGGAUUCAAAUGCUCUAAUUGAAGUCAUGAUUCUGCAAUUCGUCGAGCUCGAUGCUAUCUUGCAAACUGUCAAAGACAGUACGGAAGAGGCUGUAUCGGAAACAUAUCGACAGAGUAUCAAUGACAACCAGUUGAAACUCAUGGCACGGAUCAAGAAGCUCGCUGGUGCUCAGCAAGGCAGGAAGAUGAUUUUCCAAGCCGUAAGAGAAGCAAGAAAAGCUCGACAAGCUAGAAAGCCAAUUGGCGACACGAAACCUCGCGGCGCCGAUGAUGAUUCGGUUGGCAGUACCAGUAUAACAAGAGACUCGGCGACUACAGAAAAUGCGGUUUCGGCACAACUACAAACUCUGACUCCACCCCCUACUCCGCAAAGUAAAAUGGAAGCAACGAAAACCGUGGUGCAGCCGGUAUAUCCCCCUAUACUUCCGGACAACAGGAUAAUAGUUCAUGAGCUGGCUAUCAAUCGAGAAUAUCGCAUCGAAUACCAGCAUUUCCAGGAGCAGCAUAAGUUACGGAUGGAUCCCAUGUUCCAGGACUUGAAGUCAGGUCCAAGGAGCGAGGAAAAGGAGUUCCAUUACCUGAUUGUUAUGGCUAGAUACAUUAAGGACAGACUGCAGCACCUCGUCAAGCCUGGUUCGUCGAUGCAUAAUUUCAUAGGCGAAAUCCUGGACACCGAGGUUGCUCAGCGCCAGUUUCUGGCCGGAAGCUUCUCCAUUGAGAAGUUUUUCUCAUCCAUGGGCUCACUGUUGCCUAAGCUCUGCGCUCCUGUCCGCGAUGAGGAAGUGAAAGAGUUGGUUGAAGCAAAACUCACCGAAGGACAUGUUGUUGAUCGACUGGAAGCACUCAUCGCGUUUAUCGACACGAUGCUGUACGAUUAUGCAAAUUACAUGAUGCAGGUUGCAGCACCAAACCUCAUUGAGCAUGCUUCAGCCUACGAGACCAAGCGGUUCGCAGAAGAAAUUGAAGCCGGCUCUAUCACCUUGGCUCGCGCUGAGAUAUCCUGGAAAGCAGCACGAACAAAAAUACUUGAAGAGGCCGCCCGCCGGGAUCCAGAGGGAGUCAAUCUGGCAAAAUCUCGCCCGACACCCGACAAGAUUUACUGGCAGAUGCUGCUUGAUGAAUUCACGCAACCUUCGCCAUCCCCUGAAUCGGUGCCAGAGCCUCUUGAGCUUGACACAAAGCGCCGUGCUCGUACUGGUGCGCAAAUACUAAAAAUUGCGACUGCUGGAGCGAUAUUGUUGCAGUGCAAGAAUAUGCUGAAGCGUGAUGUUCGAGCGCCGUGGAAGACGGAAGCCAAUCGUCUGGCGUUGGUUCUUGAAGCAGUGGAUGACAGCGAGAGGCCCAUGGAGCGAUCUACUGCCAUUGAUGGCAUCAUGGCAGCUCUGGAAGGUGGUCGUUCGAUGCCCACUGCGACCAAGGCGCAUCUCAGGGCACUGGUAACGAAAUUUUUAGAGGCUAGUGCUGAGGCGAAAUGCACCAAUACAGAACCCAGGGAGCCAGUUUUGCGUUUGCUAUUAACACGUAUGCGAAGCCACAUUCUGGCACGGCUGCAAGCUGGUUCAGCAAGUGAGAAGGUCAAGGCUACUAGUGCAGCUGGUGAGAAGCUCGCCGGUCUAGGACUUCCAGAAUUCGUGGAGAAAGUGAGAGAGCUCGUGGAAGAGUUGGUCAAGGUUGGUGCUAUUGAUCGAGAAGCACACGGCGUUUGGUGGGAGACUAUUGCAGAGAAGGUCGAUAGGGACGCCGCAGUCCCAGUUUCAGCACCUUCAGCUUGA